AUGUCUGAUGUCACUGUUGACUGGAUCGAUAAACACCAGCUGGAGCGUUUAGAUGAGAUGAUGAUUGUUGUUGAUGAAAACGAUAAGGUCAUUGGUGCAGACACUGAGAGGAACUGCCAUCAGAAUAAAAACAUUGAGAAAGGGCUGCUGCACCGAGCCUUCAGUGUUGCUUUGUUCAACUCAGAGAAGAAAGUUCUGAUUCAGCGCCGAGCAGACACGAAGCUUACCUUCCCUGGGUACUAUACCGAUUCCUGUUGUAGUCAUCCACUGAGUAAUCCUGAAGAAAUGGAGGAGAAAGACGCCUUGGGAGUGAAGAAGGCAGCCCUGAGACGGCUGCAGGCUGAGCUGGGCAUCCCCCAGGACCAGGUUUCUCUAGAGGACAUCGUGUUUAUGAAAAGGUAUCAUUAUAAGGCAAAAUCUGAUGCAGUCUGGGGAGAACACGAAGUUUGUUACCUUCUGCUUAUCAAGAAAGACGUCAAGAUCUGUCCAGAUCCGAGUGAAGUCAGUAGCUUCAGCUACCUGACUCGAGAAGAACUGGAAGAGCUUCUAGAAAGGGGGGCCCGGGGUGAAGUCCAAGUGACCCCCUGGCUGAGAUUCGUCGUGGAGCAGUUCCUGUAUGCAUGGUGGCCUUACUUAGAUGAAGCGACCCGGUUCAUAGAGCUUGACAAGAUAUACAGAGUAUGAGGAACCGGAAAUAAAACACUGGCUGUGAGGAUGCCCCAGUUCAGCACUGAGCUCAGGGCAGACCCACAGCUCAGAUGUUAGCUAUGCACCCGGACCAAAACAGGGAAAGGACUCUUCUUUUCCAGAAAGCCAAAAAUCAUUAUCAUUAACUCUGAAUCUUCUUUUCUUUUCUUUCUUGACACAGAGCUAUGUAUCCCAGACCAGCCUCAAACUUCUCGUGUAGCCAAGGAUGACUGAAUUUCUGAUCCUCCUGCCUCCACCUCCCCUGGCCCUUGGAUUCCAGGCACACACCAGUAUGCCUGCUCGGUGCUGGAGGCUGAACCUGCAGCUUCACGUACAGCGCGCAAACAUGCUACCAACAACCAAUCCCAUCCCGUGGUUUCUUGCCUUUUUUCCCCCAGUUGCUUCAUUUCUUUAUUUUCAACUGCCUCGGUGUGGGAAAGAAAUGUAUUGUUUUCCCCAAAUUAGAAACAGAGGAACUAAAGAAGAGAGGAACCCCUAAAGAUAGAGCCGAUGUCAACGCUGUAAGAACUGAAGUUACACAACCACCUGAGGCAGCCCUUGAAUGGCGGGCAUGCCAGUCCUCUCAAAGGCCUGAGGCUUUGUGUGGAGGAAACCGUAAGAACAUUAAAUCCAGAAUAAUCUGUUAAGCACCCAAAUUUGGCAAGACUAGAGUACCUAGCUAAUACUUAACUUGUAUCCUGCUCUGACUUGCAGCCACUGGAUAGAUAACCUGUCCGCUGGGAGCCUCUGUCUUCACUGCUAUGCUAACUAUUUGUAUAGAACACAGUCACGCAGUCAAACUCAAAUCAGUUGGGUAAAUGA